UGCAGGUCCAUUACCAUCUACGUACAUCUUGGAUACGGAAGACCCCCUAGUCUGAAACCGGGCACAUACUACAAGGUGUCUUGCUAUGCUCCGGCUUUUUGGCCACAUUAAAAAACCAGUGGUAUCGGUGCUAAAUCGAAUUCGCUCGCCAUUGCUUGGAUCGGCAUCAGUAAAUGUUAUGUCAUUGAGAUUAUCAAGUAAUCAACGCGUGAUGGUACCUAAAGCCUCGGAUUUCAUGGAUGGCAAGCUGUUUGAUUCAAUUCAUUUCUUUAUUAUGUUAGGUGCAAUACCAUGCUUUUUGCUUGUGUUUUGUGUCAACGUCCUGGUUGGACGUGCGGAGUUGUCAGAUAUUCCAGAGGGUUACGAACCAAGACAUUGGGAGUAUCACAAGCAUCCGUUAACCCGCUUUAUUGCAAGAUACAUUGCGCCGCAUCCUCAACAGGUGUACGAGUCGAAACUCGGGUUGCUAGCUGAUCUUCAGGACCAACGACAACUUGUCGAAGAAGAACGCUGGUUCCGCGAAUCACAGCGCAUCCAUGGCGAUUACCGUGGUUGGUACUUUGUCCCUGCCAAUCCAGCUGGCGUGAAUCGCGGUCUUUCGGAGUUGGAACUUGAUCAGGAAAUGGGAGAUCUUAUCAGCCGCUAGUUCGAACUGCUCUCUUCCCCCUUUUGUUAAAUUGCGUCCAUUAGUAUUUUUGAAUGUAAUUAAAAGUUUCCUUCGUUCC